GAAAAUGUCCUCAACUGCCGAGACACACCUUAUACCAUUACCAUGUUGACACAUAUCCAAAGAAAACAAAACUUGAGCCACUGCAUCCUAGUGCGCCAUGGUUAUUCUUCCGCUCUCGGUCGAAACACAUACAAAUAUUCCUGGUAUUAUCAACACCACCGCCUUUCAAAAGGCCCCAAGGCUCAAUACGCUGCCUGCCGUUAGGUUGCAAUGCAGUCGCACCUGCAUCCACCCUCAACCCCGAACGAGACGCUAACCCUCAAGCAGCUUCAUACCAAGGCUCUGCCCUUAUGGACCCUCAUUGGCUUCCAACUGAUGGUCAACCAUGGUUCCUGGGAGUCCCGGGGUCUUGGUUGCCGGUAUAAAACAUUCCCGAGAUGUCAGUUUUUCGUGUGCCAACUCUCUCACAUCACUGUCCUUCACUGGCCCGCCUUCAUCAUGCACGUGACAUUGAAGUCUUUUGGACUGGCCAGUAUUCUCUCCGUAGCCGGCACGUCGGCGGCGUUGGGAGGCUACGUGGUCAGCCCGACCCUUCAAACAGAUAUCCUCGCUGCGGCAGCUCUCGGCAAGCUCACCCUCCACGCUGCCCAGAAUCGUGAUACCACAACCUGUACCUUAGAGAAUGUCGCUAUUAGACGUGAAUGGGGAUCACUUUCUGCGGCAAACAGGCAAGCGUACACCAACGCAGUCAGAUGUCUCAUGGAACACCCGUCCCUCCUUGAUCCCCUUGAGACACGCUUUGAUGACUUCGUGGCCGUUCACAUCAACCAAACCUUUUCCAUCCAUGGCACUGCGAACUUCCUAUCAUGGCACCGGUAUUUUACCUAUGCAUUCGAGCAGGCCUUGCGAAGCGAAUGCAAUUACGACGGCUACCACCCCUACUGGAACUGGGGCAACUAUGCCCACAACCCUCUCAACUCGCCUGUUUUUGACGGGUCCUCCACCUCGAUGAGCGGGAACGGCGAGUACGUCCCUCACAAUUGCACCGAUGGCUUGCCCACGGGACUCAAUUGCAUUCCACCUGGCUCUGGCGGCGGUUGCGUUACCACUGGUCCUUUUGCCAACAUGUCAGUGAACCUCGGUCCAAUUGCACCAACCCUCGCGGCACCUGGCGUCGUUCCCGCAUCGUCCCUGUUUGCCUACAACCCGCGCUGCCUCCGCCGUGAUAUCUCAUCAUGGGUCAGCUCCAACUGGACGACUGACUUUGAGAGCUACGACCUCAUCAGCAACUACACUGACAUUUUGUCUUUCCAGAACCGCAUGCAAGGUGACUUUGCCACCGGUUUCUACGGGGUUCACACCGGAGGCCAUUUCGCCAUCGGCGGGGAUCCGGGCGGUGAUCUCUUUGCCAGCCCCGGUGGACCGGCGUUUUAUCUGCAUCAUGCUCAGAUCAAUCGUGUGUGGUGGAUCUGGCAGAAUCUCCACCCUGAGACCAGGACGAAUGCUAUUGGGGGUACCAUCACGCUUAACAACUUUCCGCCCUCGAGGAACGGUACACUGAAUGAUUUGCUCGACUUGGGUGUAGUUGGGCCUGCAGCGGGGGUAUUGGAAAUUCGCGAUGUGAUGAGUACGAUUGGAAUUGGAGGUGGGCCCUUUUGCUACAUUUAUGUGUAA